AUGAACCAAUCCCUAGAAAACUUAUCAUCGAUCGAACAUCAAAGCGAAUACGUUCCAUAUCACCAGAGACCAGAAACUUACAUAGUGCCCUUUCUGUUUUUCAUCAUCUUCGUGGUAGGAGUUUUGGGAAACGGAACCCUCGUUAUCAUAUUUCUGCGACAUCGAGCUAUGAGGAAUGUCCCGAAUACGUACAUAUUUUCUUUGGCUCUAGCUGACUUACUCCUCAUCCUAACAUGCGUACCAUUCACCUCGGUAAUCUACACCCUGGAAUCAUGGCCUUGGGGUGUUUUUUUGUGCAAAAUCAACGAAUCCGUCAGAGACAUCAGCAUCGGAGUGUCAGUAUUCACUUUGACUGCGCUUUCUGCCGAAAGAUACUGUGCUAUCGUCAACCCACUCAGGAAAUUACAGAAUAAACCUCUAACCGUCUUCAGUGCUGGACUCAUCUGGCUGUUUGCUACUGCCCUAGCUAUUCCUGAUGCAAUUUCAUCCAGACUAAUUUACGUUCCAGUUCAAAGCAACAAGACGAUCACAUACUGCUCCCCAUUCCCAGACUCGAUAGCUUACGCCAAAUAUGAGAUCGUUUUCCAAUCGCUCAUAUACUAUUUCAUGCCUUUGGGGAUAAUCGCCUGCUUCUAUUUGCUGAUGGCAAUUCGUCUUCAUAUCAGCGCUAACGAAAUGCCAGGAGAAGCAGGAGGGAUGACGUCGAACGUCCAGGCCAAAGCGAGACGGCACGUGGCGAAGAUGGUCCUCGUUUUUGUUUUUCUGUUCUUCAUCUGUUUCCUACCACGACACGUGUUCUUGUUGUGGUUCCAUCUAUAUCCGGUAGCCCAAGAAGAAUACAAUGACUGGUGGCAUGCCUUGAAGAUCGUUGGAUUCUGUUUGAGCUUCAUCCACUCAUGUUUGAAUCCUAUCGCGCUGUAUUGCGUCAGCGGAGUUUUCCGAGGUCACUUCAACCGUUACCUUUGCUGUCGAAAGCCAAGAUGGCCGAGAAACAACUCCUCAUUGGCCAACUGCGAGACCACGUUCAGCUCCACCUAUCGGAAGCCCACCCAAGUUCUAGCGUCGAUGUGAGCCACAGAAGAACUUCUUUUCUAGUCACUUUUAUGUUACCGUAUAUUACUCGUUCACCUCAAGCAUGUCAGGAGAAGCUCAAUCGCACAAUGUACAGGGUGAUUGGUUAUAAUACACUCAAUAGUUAUCUGAGUUAAUAUUGGUCUCACAAAAACGUUCAAAUGGGCAGUAUUAGUAUUUUUCACAUUCAGAA